AUGGUCCUCAGCUGGAAGAGUGUGGAGCGCCCACUGCAGUCGGUGAUCCCCACAUGCUUCAAAGAGUCCAUCAUUGUUCCUGUCCCGAAGAAACCCCACCCUGCUUCUCUCAAUGACUAUCGCCCUGUAGCCCUCACCUCAGUAGUGAUGAAAUGCUUUGAACGCCUGGUCAGAGACUUCAUCAUUUCUUCACUACCAGACACACUGGACCCACUACAGUUUGCUUACCGUCCAAAUCGUUCCACAGACGAUGCCAUCUCUCAUCUCCUCCACACAUCACUCACUCACCUGGACACUAGAAAAGGGAAUUAUGUUAAAAUGCUCUUCAUCGACUACAGCUCUGCAUUUAAUACCAUAAUUCCCUCCACACUCACCACCAAGCUGGAGCACCUGGGACUCAGCUCAUCUAUGUGUCAGUGGAUCUCCAACUUCCUAACUGGCAGACCACAGGCAGUAAGGAUGGGCAGACAUGUCUCAGCCUCCACCACUCUCAGCACUGGAGCGCCCCAGGGGUGUGUUCUGAGCCCCCUGCUGUACUCUUUGUACACAUAUGACUCAAUCUACAGCAGGCGCUGCUGGACCAAGGCCAGGAAUAUCACGAAGGACCUCAGCCAUCCCAACAAUGGACUGUUCUCUCUAUUGAGUGAUGAAGACACCAAGAAGACAAAAGGCAAGAAGAAGAAGAUUGAAAAUUAUGUUGAAAUCUAUGAGAAAGAGCUUCGUACCUACGAGCCGGAAAAAGUGGAGAACUACGAGGAUGAGUAUCACAAAAAGAAAGUGUACGAGGUGGUUGCCAUCACUGGUGAUGAGAGAGGAGCAGGCACUGAUGCCAAUGUGUUUAUUACUCUCUUUGGAGAUUAUGGCAUCACACCCAAAGUCCACCUGGCUAGCAAGAGUUGCACAGCAUUCGAAAGGGCCAAAACAGAUGUGUUCAGAAUUAGAACUCACAAUGUUGGAUCCUUGAAAAAGAUACGGAUUGAGCAUGACAACACUGGCCUUAAUCCCAGCUGGUUCUUGGACAGAGUCGUGAUAACGGAUGUGAUUCGACCUCAUCUGAGGUUCUAUUUUGCUUGUAAUAACUGGCUCAGUAAGGUAGAGGGAGAUGGCCUUUACAUCAGAGACCUGCUGGGCAGCAUAGACCCCAUGGACAUACCCAAAUAUAAUAAAUUUGUUGUGAGUGUUUUCACUGCAGAUGUAAAAGGCAGUGGCACAGAUGCAGAUGUCUUUAUUAACAUCUUUGGGGAGUUUGGAGAUACAGGGGAGAGGCGACUUGACAACGACAAAAAUAACUUUGAAAAGGGCACAGAGGACAAAUUCACCAUCGAGGCACCGAACUUGGGCAAAAUUAGAAAGAUCACCAUUGGACAUAAUAACAAAGGCUCCUCAGCAGGAUGGUUUGUGGAGAAGGUGAUAGUAGAUGAUCUUGGAAACAAACUAGUGUAUGAAUUCCCCAUCAGCCGCUGGUUUGCCAUCGAUGAGGAUGAUGGGAAGAUCCAGAGGGACGUUUUGGUUGGAGGGAGUCAGCCCACAGGUAUUGUGUACAAUGUCCAGAUUGUGACAGGAAACAUCCGGGGUGCCGGGACCAACUCCAAAAUCCACAUUGUGAUGCACGGCACGAAAGGCUUGAAGAACAGUGGGAAGGUCUUUUUGGAAGGAGGAAAGUUUGAACGGGACUUAACAGACAUCUUUAAUGUCGAGCUUGCUGCACUCCUCAGUCCCCUGAGCAGAGUCACCAUUGGACACGACAACAGAGGGCUUAGUACUGGGUGGUACUGCGAGAAGGUUGUGGUUUACUGCCCAUUCACCGGAAUAGAGCAGACUUUCCCAUGCAGUAAAUGGCUGGAUGAAAAGGAGGGAGAUGGGCUGAUAGAGCGAGAGCUCUACGAGAUGGUCUCACUCAGGCAGAAGAGACAGAAAAAGCAUCCCUGGUCGCUGUGGAUCUGGACGUCAGACCUGCCCAGCGCAGGAACCGAUGCUGAUAUCUCAUUCCAGGUGUACGGAGAAAAGGGCAAGUCAGACGAGAUCAGGCUGGACAACAAAACAGACAAUUUUGAACAAGGACAAGUUGACAGAUUUAUGGUUGAACUUCCUGAUUUGGGAAAACUGACCAAACUCCGUAUCUGGCAUGAAAAGAGGAAUCCUUUUGGAGGAUGGCAUCUAAGCAAGGCAACAUUAAUGAAAACAUUAACGAAGGAGAAGUAUACAUUUCCUUGUGAGCGGUGGCUGGAUAGUAAUGAAGAUGAUAAUGAGGUUGUGAGAGAGCUUCCCGCCACCGGAGAGCUUAUUGCUGAGCCUCUGCCCUUGAUUAAAUACAGAGUAACUGUCUGCACGGGGACGGUCGGUGGUAGCGGCACAGAUGCAUCUGUUUUUCUAAAUCUAAUUGGAGACCAAGGGGACACCGGAGAUAGGGACCUGAUCAACUGCAAAGGUGGAGGCUCUGCCUGGUUUCUUGACAAAGUGAUUGUAAGAGAGGAAGGACAAGCUGAGGCAAAUGCCGUGGAGUUCCCCUGCAACAGAUGGCUGGCCCGCAACGAGGAUGAUGGACAGAUUGUCAGAGAAUUAGUUCCGUUUGCAGAAGGACAGCGUCUUUACAAUACCAACUAUCACAUCGCUGUGAAGACAGGUGACAUCCCCGGAGGUAGCUCUGACUCUGAUGUGUUUGUGAAGCUCUAUGGAGAGAAAGGUGACACCAGUAAGAUGAUGCUGGUGGUCUCUGCCAAUGACCUGGGGAACUACUUUGAAACAGGCCGCGUUGACAUCUUCACAGUGGAAACCUUUGACAUUGGACAGCACAUAUUUUCAUUAUGUGUUAACACCAUUGCUGCACGAAAAAUACUUGUGUUCACUUUCACAUUCAUCGAUCUGCAUUUUCUAGUAAUAAACUAUGAGAUAACAGUCGUGACCGGAGAUGUGGUGUUUGCUGGCACAAAUGCUGUAGUCUUCAUCCAAAUCUACGGGGACAAGGGGAAGACGGAGGUUAUCACACUGGAAAGCAGAUCCAACAACUUUGAACGGAAUACCACCGAAAUAUUUAAGAUAGAGGCCAAAGAUGUCGGAAAGAUCUUUAAGAUACGCAUCGGUCACAAUGGCGCCGGCAUUGGAUCUGGCUGGUUCCUGGAGACAGUGGACGUGAAACAUCUCAUCAUGGCCUUGAUGCAAGAAGUGGUGCUGACAUAUCAUUUUCCCUGUUCACGCUGGUUGGCUGGGGGAGAGGAGGACGGCGAGCUGGUGGUGGAGCUGCUGCCUGAAGAUGCAGAAGAGAUGGAAGUCAACACCUACGAAGUGUGUGUCUUCACUGGUGACAUGAUGGGAGCCGGGACCGACGCCAAUGUCUACAUUAAUAUUUAUGGAGAGAACGGAGACACUGGAGAGCGCUGCCUGAAGAAUUCUGACAACAUCAAUAAAUUUGAGGGAGGGCAGGAGGAUGUUUUCAUCGUGACAGCCGUUGAUUUGGGCCCUUUGAAGAAGCUACGAAUCCGUCAUGACAACUCUGAGUCUUACUCCUCUUGGUACCUGGAUCGUGUUGAAAUAGUGGACACAAAAGAGGAUACAACAUACUACUUCCCUUGUAACCGCUGGCUUGCAGUUGAUGAAGACGACGGGCAGAUAGCGAGAGAGCUGGUUCCCGUGGAUGAGGCCUUCAUGAGGAAGGAUGAUGAUGAUGAGGGCACGAGUGGUACUCUGGGCCUGGAGCAGAAAUCUAUGUCUACUACAUAUACUCUUAAGAUAAAAACUGGAGAAAAGAAGUAUGCUGGAACUGAUUCCAACGUCUUCGCCAUCCUCUUUGGUGAAAAUGAUGACACAGGGAUCAUCAAUCUAAAGGCUUGUAAAAACUACAAGAAUAAGUUUGAACAGGGGAUGAUCAAUGAGUUCACUGUGGAGGCCGUGGAUCUGGGCGACCUGGUAAAAGUUCGAAUCGGGCACGACAACUCAGGGGGUUCAUCUGGUUGGUUCUUGGACUGGAUCGACAUUGAUGCCCCUUCACAGGGUCAGAGGAUGCGCUUCCCAUGUGGCCGUUGGCUGGAUAAAGGGGAGGAUGAUGGUGCAACUGUGAGGGAUCUCUAUCCUGCUGACUUACAGACUGAAUUCUACACACCAUUUGUGCCUUAUGAGAUAAAGAUAUACACCACCGAUGUAUUUGGAGCGGGAACAGAUGCUGACGUGUUUAUAGUCUUGUAUGGCCAUAAGGGGGUGUGCACUCAGCAGAAGCACCUGUGUGUCAACAAGAGAGAACGACGCUUGUGCUUUGAGAGGGGAGCUGAAGACAUGUUUAUUGUGGAGCUGGAGGACAUUGGUGAUGUUAUAGAGAAAAUCAGGAUAGGACAUGACAACAGCGGCACAAAUCCUGGAUGGCAUCUUGACAGAGUGGAGAUCAGGCGACAGCUCAGGAAAGGAAAGGGUUCUGAGACGACUAUAUUCCCUUGCGAGCGCUGGCUAGCUAAGUCUGAAGAUGAUGGUGAGACGGUGAGGGAGCUUGUCCCCUCAGACAUCAUCACACAGAAACUCCUCAGGGAUGGGACACUGAAAACGACUGAAACUGAGGUGGAAGAUGCUUUGGAAACUCACACAUACACGGUGUCUGUGCGGACAGGCGAUAUGUACGGAGCAGGGACCGAUGCCAACGUUUUCCUCACCAUUUAUGGAGAUUUGGGAGACACAGGAGAGCGGAAACUCGCCAAAUCUGAGAAUAACAAGAACAAGUUUGAGAGAGGAGAGGUGGAUAAGUUCAAUAUUGAGGCCGUGGAUUUGGGGCAGGUGUUUAAGAUUCGUGUUCGUCAUAACAACUCUAUGAUUGGGGCUGACUGGUACCUGGACCAGGUGGAAGUGCUGGAUGUGGAAACAGAAGAGGUAUACAUGUUCCUGUGUGAGCGCUGGCUAUCAACGAAGAAAGAGGACAAACGAAUAGACAGGACCUUCUACGUCAAGGGGUAUGAGGGUGAAAGAAGCUCUGAUCCAUAUUCCAAAAUGAUUGCUCAGGCCAAACUGGGACUGGACAAGAAUGCCAACAAGAAGAAAAAGAAGAAAAAGGCAGUAGUGGUUGAAGAGGGUCCAAUCAUCCCUUAUCACUUCACCCUGUCCACGGCCAUCGAACAAGAUGCCAGCACCACAGCGAGGGUUUAUGUCAUCAUCAUUGGUCCCAAUGACGUCGAGACAGACCGGCUGUGGCUGGACCUGCCAGAGGGAAAGAAAUCCUUCACAGCUGGCUCCAUGGAGCACUUUGUGCGCUAUGGAACUGACGUGGGAGAGAUCAAGAGGGUGGAAGUUGUUUAUUCAGUCACGGUUGCCACAGGUGACAUUCAGUAUGCAGGAACUGAUACCAACAUUUUCCUGACCGUGUUCGGAGCCAAUGGGAGCACAGAGGAAAUGCUUCUGCCCAAAAAUGAGGAUAGGUUUGAAAGAGGGCAAGAAGACACAUUUACCUUGGAGAUAGAUGACAUCGCUCCUUUGAAGAAGAUCAGAAUUCGAAUAGAUGGCACCGGAAGCCGCCCAGACUGGUUUCUUGACAGGAUCCUGAUGAGAAACCUGACCACAGAGGAAGAGUACCUGUUCACCUACGAGAACUGGCUGUCCAAGACCAAAGGGCCCAAGAGGACAAAGGUGUGUGAGCUGGCGGCUAUGGUGGAUGACGAGGAGAUGGUAGAAAAAACAACUUACAUCAUCCAAGUCCAGACUAGUGACGUUGCAGGUGCUGGCACUGAUGCCAACGUGUUUCUGAUUGUGUUUGGGGAGUAUGGAGACACAGGGACGCUGCCUCUGAAAGAGAGCACCAACAGAAACAAGUUUGAGCGAAAAAUGAAGGACGUGUUCAGAUUUCCUGACAUGCUCAGUCUGGGCGAACUGUCAAAAGUCAGAGUGUGGCAUGACAACAAAGGCCCUGCUCCUGGAUGGCACCUGGAGUACCUUGACGUGAAAGAUGAGGCCCUGGACAACACCUUCAGGUUCCCCUGUGACCGCUGGUUGGCAAAAAACGAAGAUGACGGGCAGAUUAUGAGGGAACUGGCUUGUGCCAACAAUGAUUUUGUAGACCUCAGUGACAAAACAAAAUAUGAAAUUGCCACAACAACUGCUAACCCAGAUGACGCCUCCACAACGGAAAAUGUCUGGAUCCUGCUGGAAGGAAGGAAAGCCCGUUCCAAGGAGUUUGUUCUGGAGAAUAAGAAAAAGAAGUUCUUAAGGUAGGUCUUCAGAGACGGUGCCACUGACACGUUUGAGUUCUCGUCGAAGCACGUGGGGGAAAUCGCUAGCAUCUGCGUUGGCCACAUCACAAAAGACGGCAAGAAGGUGAAGAAUGAGGCUUUCUGGCAUGUUAUGGAGGUGGUGGUGACAGAAAAGGAGCUGGGAAACAAGUAUUUCUUCCACUGUGAUGCACAAAUUCCCCUGGCAGCCAAAAAAGACCAGUUCCAGACAUUCGAGUGCUAUAAAUCCAUCGAGAGCUUUGCAAGCAAAGUCCGCAACCUGGUCCCUGUCAAGUAUGAAAUCAUCGUCAUCACCGGGGACGUCAAAGCGGCCGGCACAGACGCAAAUGUUUUUAUCACCAUGUAUGGCGUCAAUGGUGACUCAGGCAAGCGUCACCUACGGCAGAAGUUUCGCAACCUUUUCGAGCGAGGGCGGACAGACCGCUUCGUUCUGGAGAUGCUGGACCUUGGGGAAUUGCUGAGGGUCAAAGUGGAGCACGACGGCACUAGCCCCAACAGUGGGUGGUAUUUAGAGUGUAUUGAGGUGACCAACACAGCCAAUUCAGUCACAACAAUCUUCUACUGUGGAAAGUGGUUGCACACUGCUAAAGCUGAUGGACAAAUUCAGCGAGUGCUCAAUCCCAGAUAUUAGAAUAAUGCUAGAAAGAAAGAGUGGGUGAGCAUUUGCUUUUUCCUGUUUGACUCAUUUGUUUUGUUGGGGUUAUUUACCAAUUGUAAGAGAAACAUUGCACG